AGUCCACGAUUCGUUACAUCUCAUUGGUCUUUGCUGAGAUCCAGUGUCAGCCGUCAGUUUGAGCAAAACGUUUAUUUGCAGAAAUAUCUAAGAAAACUGUAUUUUUUACGACUUUUAAAUACCAACAAGGAAAGGGACGUGAACAGUCCCACUCAACAUGUCUGUCAGAAGAAAUUCGCAAUCCGUCUCAACAAGUAUAAUUCUAAUCCUGUCUGUUCUUGUCAUGGCGGGACAAGCCAACAUAUACAAGAAGAUGGCUCAAAUGAUGGGUUGGGACGAUGGAGGUGGUUGGGAAAGCAAGGGCAUUACUUUCGGCAUCAAAUCAAAAGGCAUGACUGCCAUUAUUCCAUUUCCAUUGCCCAUUCCAAUUUUCAAGAAGAAGGAACAGUCUGGCAACGAUGGAGACGGUGAUAGUGGAGGAAAAGGAGCUAUGAAGGGUGGAGGCGGUGGAGGCUGGGAAAUGCCGACUGGAGGAGGAGGAGGAGGCGGAGACUGGUGGAGAAGAUAAAAAUUGUUUUCUCAACGUUUUCACUCCCUGCCUGGAAAUCUUCAGCUGGUCUGCAGAAUUUUAUCUCAAACAAGUCAUUUCCAUACCUGCACUAACUGUACUAAGAAUGACUGCUGGUUUACCUUUCAUCACAUACAUUAUCUGUAAAACUACUUCUGAAGAAAAUCCUGUAACUGAAUACUUUGUACAUCGAACUAUGUAUUAUUUUCUCGACCCUGAGCUGUGCUAAGCACAUUCUACCUGAGAAGAGAGAAAUAUGUAGGAUUUUGUUGAAAAUACGUAAUAAAUUUUAUUGAU